UGCAUGACCAAACCUGACUUGAUCUUCAAGUUGGAGCAAGGAGCAGAGCCCUGGAUGGGGGAAGAAUGCCUACAUCAGAGCCUUCCAGUUGCCAUGAAACUGGAUGAACUGAUUAAGACCAACCAGAAAAGUCUGGAGAAAAAUCUGAAUCAGAAUGUUAUGAAAAAUAAUAACACAUUAACUCCCAAGAGAGUUGAAUUCAGAAAAACACUUAAUUUAAGUAUAAGCCAUAUUCCAAAACUGAGUAUCAAAAAGAGAAACUAUUCAGGAAUAAAACCUGAAGAAUGCAGUGUAUGUCAGAAUGUGUAUCCCCAUUGUGGGCCUGAUCAGCUACAAGCUGGAGAGAAAUUUGAUGCUACUAAGGCACCUGGGAACACUCUCCAGUUCUGUGAGCCUCUUAAUGAACAGCACAAAAUUCAGACCAUGGAGCAGGCACUUGAACAAAUUGGACAAGGGAAAGUCUUCAAAAGGAAGAAUAUAUUCUAUGAAUCUGAGAAGCUUUUUAUGGUAGAAACCUGCAAUAAGCCAACUGCCACUAUUGGCAAGACAACUCAAAUACUACAAGAUUUCCAUAAAAAGUCUAACCUCAGUAUACAUCAACAAAGUCCCAAAAGAGAGAACGUUUAUAAAUAUAUUGGGCCUGUGGAACCUGUCAUUUACCAAUCACAUUUUAGAAUGAAUCAUAGACCAAAUAUAGAGAAGGAAUCCUAUGCAUGUAAAACUUGUGGGAAGUCAUUCACUAAAAAAUUCUGCCAUCCCCUCCAUCACAGCACUCAUAUAGUGGAAAACCCUCAUGUGAGUAAUGAUUGUGAAGAAACCACUCACCAGAAGUCAGGUGUCAUUAGACAUCAGAGAAUUCACACAGGGUUGAAAUCUUAUAAAUGUAAUGACUGUGGGAAGUUCUUUGGCCAUAAGUCACACCUCAUAAAUCAUCAGAGAAUUCACACAGGGGAGAAACCUUAUGAAUGCAAUGACUGUGGAAAAGCCUUUGGCCAGAAGUCAAUCCUCAUAAUUCAUCAGAGAAGUCACACAGGGGAGAGGCCUUAUGAGUGCAAUGACUGUGGAAAAGCCUUUGGCCAGAAGUCAAACCUCAGAAAGCAUCAGAGAAGUCACAGAGGGGAUAAGCCUUAUGAAUGCAAUGACUGUGGAAAGGCCUUUGGCCAGAAGUCAAACCUCAGAAAGCAUCAGAGAAGUCACACAGGGGAUAAGCCUUAUGAAUGUAAUCAUUGUGGAAAAGCUUUUGGCCAGAAGUCAUACCUCGUAAAUCAUCAGAGAAUUCACACAGGAGAGAAACCUUAUGAAUGCAGUGACUGUGGGAAAACCUUUGGCCAGAAGUCAAACCUCAUAAAUCAUCAGAGAAUUCACACAGGGGAGAAACCUUAUGAAUGCAAUGACUGUGGAAAUGCCUUUAGCCAGAAAUCAGCACUCACAAAUCAUCAGAGAAGUCACACAGGGGAGAAACCUUAUGAAUGCAGUGACUGUGGGAAAAUCUUUGGCCAGAAGUCAAACCUCAGAACGCAUCAGAGAAGUCACACCAUGGAGAAAGCUUAUAAAUGAAAUGACUGUGGAAAAGCCUUUGGUCCCAUCCUUGCAUACCAAGGAUAAAUCCCACUUGGUCUGGGUGGAUGAUCUUUCUGAUGCAUUGUUAGAUUCAGUUGGCCAGAAUUUUGUUGCGGAUCUUUGCAUGUAUGUUCACCAGGGAAAUUGGUCUAUAAUUACUUUCUCUGUUGUAGUUUUUUCAGGUUUAGGAAUGAAGGUGAUGCUGGCUUCAUAGAAAGAAUUUGGGAGAAUCACCUCUCUCUCAAUUGUUUUGAAUAACUUGAGAAGAAUUGCAGUUAGUUCUUCUUUAAAUGUCUGUCAGAAUUCAGCAGUGAAGCCAUCCAGUCCUGGAAUUUUCUUUGUGGCGAGGGUCUUUAUUACUGAUAUCAUUUCCAUCUGGUUGCGGGUGUGUUUAGUUUUCCUAUAUCUGUGUUGCUCAAUUUAGGAAGGUUUUAUGGAUGUAAGGAAGGUGGAAAGCCUUUUUGCUAUAAUUCAUAACUCAUAAGAUAUCAGAGAAUUCACACAGGGAAUUUUCUAUAUGACCUUUUUGUACAAGUUAUAUCUCAUGAAAUAUUAGAGAAUUCACCAAGGGGAGAAAUGCAUGAAUGUAAUAAAUGUGAAUAAGCCUUUGUGGUACAAAUCAGACCUCAUCAAACAUAAAAGAAUUCUCAUGGGGAGAAAUUUUAUGAAUGUAAUGACUCAGAGCCUUUUACCAUAAUUCAGCCCUCAUUGUACAUCAUCAAAUUCAUAUAGGGAAAAACCCCUUUGAAAGUAAAAUCCCUUUAAUUACAAGCCAUACCUCAUAAGACAACAGGGAAUUCACAUGGGAGAGAAACAUAAUGGAUGUAAUGAGUGUUGGAAAGCUCUGCCCAAAUCUCUCCUUAGAAUGCACAACAUAUAUAUCUAAUGAAUGAAAUAAAUGUGAGAAAGUCA